AACGAAUCCCCGCUCAGAGCCGAGACACUUUUCAUUUUAUAGAGAAAUGUUUAAUCUACUCAAUUAUCUAGUUGUAAUUUUAGAUUAUUUUCUAACUUUAUUGCCAUAGUUCUUUGAAAAAGAGCGAAAAAAGGAGACCGUUAGCUGGACAAGCCGUAUAAUUCAAUACGAGAAAAAUCAACGAAAUGCACUCAUAUUUUGCAGUUUUCAUCAUCAAAUUUUAAUUUUUUCUUAAAAGCAACAUUAUAAUUCGGAUUAGCGUUAAAAAUUGCACUGAACAAUCUUUCUUUCGGAAUUUUUAGACAACCUUGAUAUUUUUGUAAUUGUUCGACCGAGAUUUUUCUGGAAAAAUCAAAGUUGCCUAAAAUUUUCGAAAGAAAAAUUGUAUGUAAUUAUGGUUCAUAUACCAUUUUGUUCAGUUUUCUAUAUGAAGCUUUACCGUAACUUUAUUUUAAUUUUGAACAGAAUCGGUUUUGUAAGUACUCGUAUCCUUUAUGCAUCACAGCAGAAAAGCUAAUUUAAAAAUUCUCUGUAUGAUAUGAAGGCUCAGAUAAACUGAAAAAUGUGUAAAAUCCUUUUCUCUAUAAAAUCCAAUCAAAACUAACGAGAGAACCGUUCCAAGUGAUUCAUCCCGAUUUAAUCAAAACAUACUUUUUCAUGGGUUAUUUUUGAUGUUGAUUACGAAUCUGAUAUUCAUUUCGGUCCGUAUGACUUUCUAGUAUGGAUCUCCAGCAACCAGAAGAGUAUCAGUUUCAGCUGUUACAUCGUGUGGACAUUUAUUUUGUGUCUCAUGUUUACAAAAAAUGUUUUUAAUAAAUCCAUCAACUUGUGCUGUUUGUCCUGCGUCACAUAUGAAAUAUUUUGAUAUGACUAAACCGUUGCCAGAACAUAUUGCAAUUGUUAUUACAUCUGAUUUAACAGCGUUAAAAUGGUUUGAUGAUCGGUUAGAAACUGGACAAUUAAAUUCAGAUCAAUUAAUCCCAAUUUUGAAUAAAUCCAAUGAAAUUAGAAAACAACUACCUCCUCAUCAAUUAGAUAAUUAUCUAAAACAACGUGAAUAG